GGUGAGAGACUAUGGGGAAGGACCAGGAGCUGCUGGAAGCUGCUCGAACUGGAAAUGUGGCUCUGGUGGAGAAACUCCUGUCUGGCAGGAAAGGAGGGAUCCUGGGCGGCGGAUCCGGACCCCUGCCCCUGUCUAACCUGCUAAGCAUCUGGCGAGGCCCCAAUGUGAACUGUACCGACAGUUCGGGUUACACUGCUUUACACCAUGCAGCCUUAAAUGGACAUAAGGACAUAGUUCUCAAACUACUUCAAUAUGAGGCAUCAACAAAUGUAGCCGACAAUAAAGGUUAUUUUCCUAUUCACCUGGCUGCCUGGAAAGGAGAUGUGGAAAUUGUGAAGAUUCUUAUUCACCAUGGACCAUCGCAUUCCAGAGUCAAUGAACAGAACAAUGAAAACGAAACUGCCCUGCACUGCGCUGCUCAGUACGGACACUCGGAAGUUGUCGCUGUGCUCUUAGAAGAACUCACCGACCCCACCAUCCGGAACAGCAAGCUGGAAACACCUCUGGACCUGGCAGCACUCUAUGGACGGCUUCGAGUGGUCAAAAUGAUCAUCAGCGCACACCCUAACUUAAUGAGCUGCAACACUCGUAAGCACACCCCUCUACAUCUCGCCGCGCGCAAUGGGCACAAAGCAGUCGUACAGGUGCUGUUAGAAGCAGGAAUGGAUGUAAGCUGUCAGACAGAAAAGGGGAGUGCGCUUCAUGAAGCAGCCUUGUUUGGAAAGGUGGAUGUUGUGCGGGUCCUGUUAGAGACAGGAAUCGAUGCCAACAUAAAGGAUAGCUUAGGCAGAACUGUCUUAGACAUUCUGAAAGAACAUCCAUCUCAGAAAUCUCUUCAGAUUGCAACACUCUUACAAGAAUAUUUAGAAGGCGUGGGCAGAUCAACAGUCUUUGAAGACCAUGUACAGGAAGAUACAACACAAGAAACACUCAUUGCAUCUCCUGUUGAGUCUCCUUCCCAAAAGACCAAAAGUGAAACUGUGACUGGAGAAUUAUCAAAACUCUUGGAUGAAAUAAAACUCUGCCAAGAAAAGGAUUAUUCUUUUGAAGAUUUGUGCCACACAAUAUCAGACCACUACCUAGAUAAUUUGAGCAAGAUUUCAGAGGAAGAUGUUGGGAAAAAUGGAAGUCAGAGUGUAAGAACUUCAUCUACAAUAAAUUUGUCACCAGGAGAAGUGGAAGAAGAUGAUGAUGAUGACAACACUUGUGGGCCCUCAGGACUUUGGGAAGCAUUAACUCCUUGUAAUGGAUGUAGGAACCUUGGUUUCCCCAUUCUUGCACAGGAGUCCUAUCCAAAGAAGAGGAGUUACACUAUGGAAAUUGUACCAUCUGCUUCUCUGGAUGCAUUUCCUUCUGAAAAUGAGAACUUCCUUUUUGACCUUAUGGACACAGCAGUUACAAAGAAACCUUGCUCCUUGGAAAUCGCAAGGGUACCUUCCUCAAGAACUGAUAAUGCCUCAGAGGUAGCAAUUACUGCUCCAGGAACUAGUAACCAUAGAAACAGCUCGACAGGCCCAACACCUGAUUGCUCACCUCCAUCCCCCGACACUGCCCUCAAAAAUAUUGUAAAAGUUAUUCGACCCCAGCCUAAACAACGAACAUCUAUUGUAUCUUCUCUGGAUUCUCAUCGAAUGAAUCACAACCAAGAAUAUUUCGAAAUCAACACAUCCGCAGGGUGCACAAGCUUAACUUCCAGCCCUCCAGUUAGUCCGCCCACCUCAUCUGCGGGAGCCACAGAAGUCAAGAACGAGGGAACUGACCAUACGGAUGACGUCUCUCAACAGGAGGACAGUGAUCUCCCAAAAGAAUAUGAUCCUGGACAAUUUGCAGGCUUGCUCCAUGGAUCCUCUCCAGCCUGUGAGUCGCCUGAAAAUCCGUUUCAUCUUUAUGAGAAAAGGGGUCAAUAUGAAGACAGACAAGAUGAAAUCAUUUUGGCAAAUAGUCCUUUGACUAUCAAGCAUUCUUCAACAGAAAACAACUCAGAACCUUUGGUAAAGAAGAUUAAACCCAAAGUGGUCAGUAGAACAAUUUUUCACAAAAAAAGCAACCAACUUGAAAACCAUACCAUUGUUGGCACAAGAACAACCAGGAAUGGAUCCCGGAAUGGGGACCAGUGGGUUGCGAACACAGGGGGAUUUGUGGAGAGAGCCUGUACUCUGGGGAGAAUAAGGUCAUUGCCAAAAGCCUUGAUCGAUAUGCAUUUAUCAAAAAAUGUCUCCAAAUCGGAUUCUGAUCUCAUUGCCUAUCCUUCAAAGGAGAAAACAGCAAGAGUUAACUGGAGUGAAACCUCAGCUGCUGAACACAGUUCUAAAGGGAAUUCUGAAAGAACGCCAUCCUUCACAUCCGAAUGGGAAGAAAUUGAUAAAAUAAUGAGUUCCAUAGAUGUCGGAAUCAGCAGUGAACUUAAAGAGAUGAAUGGUGAGACCACCAAAAGACCCAGAUGCCCUGUCCAAACAGUGGGACAAUGGUUGGAAAGCAUUGGGCUACCUCAGUACGAGAACCACCUGAUGGCUAAUGGAUUUGACAAUGUGCAGUUUAUGGGAAGCAAUGUUAUGGAAGAUCAGGAUUUGUUGGAAAUUGGGAUCCUUAAUUCUGGGCACAGACAAAGAAUCCUACAGGCGAUCCAGCUCCUUCCAAAGAUGAGACCCAUUGGGCAUGAUGGCUACCAUCCCACCUCUGUGGCUGAGUGGCUGGAUUCCAUUGAACUGGGUGACUACACCAAAGCCUUUCUAAUUAAUGGCUACACGUCGAUGGACUUGUUGAAAAAAAUCUGGGAGGUUGAACUUAUUAAUGUUUUAAAAAUCAAUUUGAUUGGCCACAGGAAACGUAUUUUGGCAUCUCUGGGAGACCGGCUACACGACGACCCUCCGCAGAAGCCCCCACGUUCCAUCACCCUCAGGGAACCCAGUGGUAAUCACACUCCUCCUCAGUUGUCUCCAUCACUUAGCCAAAGCACUUACACCACUGGUGGCUCCCUAGACGUUCCUCACAUUAUCAUGCAGGGCGAUGCAAGGAGGAGAAGAAAUGAAAACUACUUUGAUGAUAUUCCCCGAUCAAAACUGGAGAGGCAGAUGGCCCAGCAGUCGUCUGUCUGUGAAAUAUGGACGAAUCAGAACGCUGGAUUUCCUUUCUCAGCGAUCCAUCAGGUUCAUAAUACAGGAGACUGGGGAGAACCUUCCAUCACGUUGCGACCUCCAAAUGAAGCCACAGCCUCCACUCCAGUACAGUACUGGCAGCACCACCCAGAAAAGCUCAUCUUCCAAUCAUGUGACUACAAAGCUUUUUAUCUAGGUUCUAUGCUGAUAAAAGAGCUCAGGGGGACAGAAUCAACCCAGGAUGCUUGUGCAAAAAUGCGGGCUAACUGUCAGAAGUCUACAGAGCAAAUGAAGAAGGUCCCUACUAUUAUUCUUUCUGUCUCUUAUAAAGGAGUCAAAUUUAUCGAUGCAACAAAUAAGAACAUAAUUGCUGAGCAUGAAAUUCGUAAUAUCUCCUGUGCUGCCCAGGACCCAGAAGACCUCUCGACAUUUGCUUAUAUCACAAAAGAUUUGAAGUCCAAUCACCACUACUGUCAUGUGUUUACUGCCUUCGAUGUGAAUUUAGCCUACGAAAUCAUUCUAACCCUGGGACAGGCAUUUGAAGUUGCUUACCAGCUAGCGCUACAAGCAAGAAAAGGGGGACAUUCUUCCACACUUCCAGAAAGCUUUGAAAACAAACCCUCCAAACCCAUCCCCAAGCCCCGCGUUAGCAUUCGCAAGUCGGUGCAGAUCGACCCAUCUGAGCAAAAGACUCUGGCCAAUCUGCCGUGGAUUGUGGAGCCGGGCCAAGAAGCCAAAAGGGGAAUUAAUACCAAGUAUGAAACCACAAUUUUCUGAUACCCACCGUCCUCCCGUCCUUGUGGUGCCUUGCACGCCAAGCAGUCCCAGAGCAGGCUUUCCUUCCCGCCUCCGUUUCCAC